GCUAGAAUAAUACAGACACAAAUAAAGAAGGAUAAAUCCGUAUUUAAUUGUCCUUUUUUGGUUUGAACCACUCCAGAAAACAUGCGAGAGUGUAUCUCCAUCCACGUUGGUCAGGCCGGUGUCCAGAUUGGCAAUGCAUGCUGGGAACUCUACUGUCUGGAGCAUGGGAUCCAGCCUGAUGGGCAGAUGCCCAGUGAUAAGGCUCUGGGAGGAGGAGAUGAUUCCUUCAACACCUUCUUCAGUGAGACUGGAGCUGGGAAGCACGUCCCCAGGGCUGUUUUUGUAGACCUGGAGCCAACUGUCAUUGAUGAGGUGCGCUCUGGGAUCUACCGCCAGCUGUUCCACCCUGAGCAGCUGAUUACUGGUAAGGAGGAUGCAGCCAACAACUACGCCCGUGGACACUACACCAUCGGCAAGGAGAUCAUCGACUUGGUGCUGGACAGGGUCCGCAAGCUGGUAGGUAUCUCAGUAUUAAGAACCAUAAACUGUCCCAAUACAAAUUGCUAUCUUUGUCUGACCUUGUGCUUUCUUGGUUUCCAGUCUGACCAGUGCACUGGGCUCCAGGGCUUCCUGGUGUUCCACAGCUUUGGAGGUGGCACCGGUUCUGGUUUCACCUCCCUGCUGAUGGAGCGUCUAUCAGUUGACUAUGGCAAGAAGUCCAAACUGGAGUUCUCCAUCUACCCAGCUCCCCAGGUCUCCACUGCUGUGGUGGAGCCCUACAACGCCAUCCUCACCACGCACACCACCCUAGAGCACUCUGACUGUGCCUUCAUGGUAGACAAUGAGGCCAUCUAUGAUAUUUGCCGUAGGAAUCUAGAUAUUGAGCGUCCUUCCUAUACCAACCUCAACAGGCUGAUCAGUCAGAUUGUGUCCUCCAUCACUGCUUCCCUCCGUUUUGAUGGUGCUCUUAACGUUGAUCUGACAGAGUUCCAGACCAAUUUGGUGCCCUAUCCCCGUAUUCAUUUCCCCCUGGCCACCUAUGCCCCGGUCAUCUCUGCUGAGAAGGCAUACCAUGAGCAGCUCUCUGUGGGUGAAAUCACCAAUGCCUGCUUUGAGCCGGCCAAUCAGAUGGUGAAAUGCGACCCACGCCACGGCAAAUACAUGGCCUGCUGCCUUUUGUACCGUGGUGAUGUGGUGCCCAAAGAUGUCAAUGCAGCCAUUGCCUCCAUUAAAACCAAACGCUCGAUUCAGUUCGUAGACUGGUGCCCAACUGGUUUCAAGGUUGGCAUCAACUACCAGCCCCCCACUGUAGUUCCUGGUGGAGAUCUGGCCAAGGUCCAGAGGGCUGUAUGUAUGCUGAGCAACACCACUGCCAUCGCAGAGGCCUGGGCUCGUCUUGACCACAAGUUUGAUCUGAUGUAUGCCAAGCGGGCCUUUGUGCACUGGUAUGUGGGUGAGGGUAUGGAGGAGGGAGAGUUUUCUGAGGCCAGGGAGGACAUGGCAGCCCUGGAGAAGGAUUAUGAGGAGGUGGGAGUUGAUUCAGUUGAGGGUGAGGGAGAGGAGGAAGGAGAGGAGUAUUAAAAAUAGACAAAAAUGGUCUGAAAACAGUGCUGCAUGCACUUCCGGUUGUUGAUCCAUAAUAAAGGUUGAUUU